CCGGCCGUAGCGCUGCCGCGGGGGCUGCGGGGCGCCUCGGGGCCGCCAUGCAGAAGAUCAAGUCGCUGAUGACCCGGCAGGGUCUGAGAAGUCCUCAGGAGAGUGUUCAUGACCUCAGUCCUAUUGAAAACCUCCGUUUUCCUACUAAGGAGGAACUCAGAGAAUCAUGGGAAGAACCAACUGAUCCUCAAGCUCAGCAAGAAAUAAUUAAUAGCAUUGAAGAAGUUUAUUUUUCCAAUGAUGCCUUUGAUAUUGUGAAGUAUGAAUUAGAGAGGCUUCCUCCUGUACUUAGUCUUCAAGAACUGGAAGAAUAUAGAGACAAAUUAAAACAACAGCAAGCUGCUGUAUCUAAGAAAGUUGCAGACUUGAUUCUUGAAAAACAACCUGCAUACGUUCAGGAACUGGAACGUGUUACAUCGUUGCAGAAUGGCCUUCAGUUGGCAGCUGUUAUUUGUGCAGAUGGAAGAAGACACCUGAAUAUUGCAAAGGAAGGCUUCACACAAACCAGUUUGGGACUUCUUGCAAACCAAAGGAAAAGACAGUUGCUUAUUGGACUAUUGAAGUCUCUGAGGACAAUAAAAACACUGCAAAGAACUGAUGUGCGUUUAAGUGAGAUGCUGGAGGAAGAGGACUAUCCAGGAGCUAUUCAACUGUGUUUGGAAUGCCAGAAAGCUGCCAGCACUUUCAAACACUACAGUUGUAUAAGCGAGUUGAAUUCAAAACUGCAAGAUACUUUGGAACAAAUAGAGGAACAAUUGGAUGUAGCACUCUCGAAGAUAUGUAAGAACUUUGAUAUCAAUCAUUAUACAAAGGUUCAGCAGGCUUACAGGCUGCUUGGGAAAACACAGACAGCAAUGGACCAAUUGCACAUGCACUUCACUCAAGCUAUUCACAACACUGUGUUUCAAGUAGUGCUUGGAUAUGUGGAGCUUUGUGCAGGAAACACAGACACCAAGUUUCAGAAGUUACAAUACAAAGACCUCUGUACACAUAUUACAUCGGACAGCUACAUUCCAUGCCUUGCUGAUCUCUGCAAAGCCCUUUGGGAAGUCAUGCUCAGCUAUUACCGAACAAUGCAGUGGCAUGAGAAUCAUGAUCAAGAUGAGGCAGCAACUGUGUCUUCUGUUUCAGAUGGCAGCAGUGUGGUUGGAACUGAGGAGAACAGUUUUGACCGCAGCUAUGUGAAAAAGAAAUUGGAACAUGGGCUUUCACGAAUAUGGCAGGAUGUUCAGCUGAAAGUAAAAACGUACCUUCUGGGAACAGAUCUGUCUAACUUCAAAUAUGAUGACUUCAUAUUUGUACUGGAUGUUAUCAGCAGGCUGAUGCAAGUUGGAGAAGAGUUUUGUGGCAGUAAGUCUGAAGUUUUGCAAGAAUCUAUCAGAAAACAAAGCGUUAACUAUUUCAAAACAUACCACAGAACCCGUCUUGAAGAACUAAGAAUGUUUUUGGAGAAUGAGACCUGGGAACUUUGCCCUGUUAAAUCAAACUUCAGCAUUUUACAGCUUCACGAAUUUAAAUUCAUGGUUCAGUCACGUUCCCCAUCUGUGUCACCUAGUAAGCAGCCUGCUUCAGCAAUUUCAGCCACGGUAACUUUAUUUGAGCAGUACUGUAAUGGAGGAAACCCAUUUGAAAUUCAGGCUGACAGCAAAGAUGAUGAGACAGAGGAUGUGUUAGCUUCCAAUGGGUAUGAAUCUGAUGAACAAGAAAAAAGUGCCUAUCAAGAGUAUGAUAGUGACAGCGACGUUCCUGAAGAGUUGAAAAGAGACUACGUAGAUGAGCAGACAGGAGAUGCCCCGAUGAAGAGUGUUUCUCGAGAAACUCUGAGGAGCAAAAAGAAAUCGGAUUAUAGCCUCAAUAAAGGGAAUGCACCUAUCCUGACAAACACUACACUCAAUGUAGUAAGGCUUGUUGGGAAGUAUAUGCAGAUGAUGAACAUUCUCAAGCCUAUUGCAUUUGAUGUCAUCCACUUCAUGUCCCAGCUCUUCGACUACUAUCUGUAUGCAGUCUAUACAUUUUUUGGCCGAAAUGAUACGCCUAUGCCGAGUUCCUCACUUUCAACUUCUAACAGAGAACAGCCCAGUGCUAGGCAGUUUGAAUCAACAGGAUUGGGCCUCAGUAGUAGCAGAUUACGCACCACACUGAACAGAAUCCAGGAGAGCCUCAUUGAUCUAGAGGUCUCCGCUGAUCCCACAGGAACUCUCACAGCUGCUGAAGAGAGAAAGGAGAAGGUGCCAAGCCCACAUCUCAGUCAUCUAGUUGUUUUGACUUCUGGCAAUUCACUCUAUGGUUUGGCAGAGAGAGUGGUAGCCACGGAAUCCUUGGUAUUUCUGGCCGAGCAGUUUGAGUGUCUUCAGCCCCACCUUGAUGCAGUGAUGCCAGCUGCAAAGAAGCCUUUUCUUCAGCAGUUCUAUUCUCAGACUGUGUCAACUGCCAAUGAGCUACGCAAACCAGUUUAUUGGAUUGUUGCUGCUAAAGCUAUUGAUUAUGAACAGAUGCUGCUUCUCAUGGCUAAUGUAAAAUGGGAUGUAAAGGAAAUCAUGUCACAACACAAUAUAUAUGUAGACUCUCUUUUAAAGGAAUUUGAAGAAUUUAACAGAAGGUUGAAUGAGGUAUCUAAGAGAGUCCGUAUUCCACUAAUAGUCUCAAAUAUACUUUGGGAGCACUGCAUGCGCUUGGCCAAUAGAACUCUUGUGGAAGGUUAUGCUAAUGUGAAGAAAUGCAGCAAUGAAGGACGUGCCUUGAUGCAACUGGACUUUCAACAAUUCUUAAUGAAACUAGAAAAGCUAACAGACAUUAGGCCUAUUCCAGAUAAAGAAUUUGUGGAGACCUACAUUAAAGCCUACUACUUAACAGAAAAUGACAUGGAGCGCUGGAUAAAGGAACACAGGGAAUAUUCCACUAAGCACCUGACAAAUCUGGUGAAUGUUUGUCUGGGGUCUCACAUCAACAAGAAGGCAAGACAGAAGCUGCUAGCUGCUAUUGAUGACAUAGAUAGGCCUAAAAGAUAACUGGAGAGAGUUACUUUCCGUUUACUCUUGUACCUUCUUCUGUUCACGUGAAGCAUGCAGACGAAUGACAAAUGGACUAACGACAGCACUGUCUUAAAAACCAUUGUGCAUGACUUUUCUUAUCAGCAUUGGAGACACUCUGAAUUGGCAUAAUGUUCUAAAAUACUACUUUUUUAACCUGUAAGAAUCCUUUUCUUAUGUAUUUUUCUGUUUUUUGUUAUUUGCCCUUAGUAAAGGGCCGCUCUUUGUGUAUCAUUGGUGAAGUGUAUAUUUUGAAAAACUGUAUACUGUAAGUAAAACCAAAAUCAGAGAGAAACACAUUGGCUUAAUAUAUAGUUGAUGCUCUUUUUUAAAAGGGCUAUUUGAAAAUAUGACGUUUUCCUCACUGCUUUUCCCCUCAGAACUUGUGCUUUAUUAUGGACCAGUGUAAAAUGAAAGAAAAUGUACAUCUUUGAACAACAUAUCUUGCAUGUGGAUUAAGAAUAUAGAUCAAUUAAAAAUUCUCAUGUUGAUGUAUUUCAUCUUUAUAUGUAUUUAAAAAUGUUUAUUUCAGAAUUAAUAUAGUCAUAUCAAAAUUAUUGACUUCAGAUCAGUCGAAGUAAUAAAUACUGUACACUAAAA